CCGACGUUCUCGUGGCCGUACCUCCAGACGUAGGUAGCGGCUAAACCCUAGUCAAAUCGCCUUCCCUCCCCGGCCGCGAGAUUCGCCUCGACUCAGUUUCCAUCCGACCCGGACCGGCGAUCCCUCUCCUCGAUCGGCGGCCGCGACCAUCGCUGCACACCCAGGCGGGAGGCGGCGGGGUUCGCCGCGUCCAGCUCCGGCCUCCAGGACCACCUCCUCGCCUACAUCCAAGUCACCGCUUCGUCUUCGUCACCAGCCGCCCUCUCGUCCCCACAUUUCUGAUGAAUUAGGCAAUCUCUUCACCCGCCGAUCAAUUCCCGGUUCAACGGUUAUUUUCGCUGCCAAAACUGAAGCAAGAGAAAUCCAAUACAGAGUAACCUGAAACCUUGCAGCCUGCCUGCCAUGGUGUUUGCAGACUGGCCCUUGCUCCCGCCCGAGCUCCUCAGCUGCAUCGCCGACUGCUUCCUGGCAACUAGCGACAUCGACUACUACAUGGACUUCCGCGCCGUGUGCCGCAGCUGGCGCUCCGCCACCGAAGACCCCAAGAAUUCAGCACGCCCCCGCCACUGGGUCUUCAUCGACAGGGUCUUCCGGACCGGACCAUCUCUCUUGGUGAACACCGCCACCGGCCGCUUCCUCCGCAAGGAGCUCCCGAUGCUGCGCGACUAUUUCGUUACCGAUACCACUAUGGAUGGUCUCCUACUUUUGAUGGAACGAGACUCCCCGUACGCCUUGUGCGUCCUCAAUCCUCUCACAGGCUACAUGAUUCGCUUCAUGGUGACCCUGCCUGAUGGAGUGACUCUGGAGUUUCCUACUCUCGUCUGCGGCCCUUCACCUACCCUCGUCCUGUUAUGCAACAAGUCUCUCAUGGCGUACCUGGAUGAUACUUACCUCGUCAGGUGUACAAGGCUGAUCCUGGCACGAACGUUUCGUCGUGUACGAGGACAGUCUUGCUUGCCCCUUGACCAGGCUGACUGACAGAGGCAUCUAUGCUAAUGGUGAGUUGGAACCGGCGGCACCAUAUCCGGUUGCUGUGGCCCAAUUGAUCUUUAGGCUGGCAAAGCAUUGCAAUGCUGAUCCUGUUGAGAUGUCUGAUGAAGAAGAUACCCCGAUGUCCCAAGAAGAAGCUAUGUGGAAUUUCUCUAUAGGAUGUGACAACCGUUGUUUCCUAGUGGAAUCUGCUGGAGAAUUAUUGAUCAUCAUUAAGCUAAAAAAGGGCGUGGAGGUUUUUAGGAUGGACAUUGAAAGACAUAUAAUCGAGCAUGCGGAGAACAUUGGCAACCGUGCCAUCUUCCUCAGUGAUUAUAAAUGCAUGGCUGUUGCUGCGGAUAAGUUCCCAUCCAUUGGUGCCAACUGCAUCUAUUACGCAAAAAGCCUAGACCUCUCCAAUGACAUGUACAAGUAUAACCUCAAGUUUGGGAGAGAAGAAAGAAUCUCUGAAGUCAUGUAUGGGAGAGAAGAAGAAACAUCUGGUCCUCACGCAAUUAUUGAGUUCCUCUUGUUCGAGAGUCUAGGAUUUUGUCGUUAUUAAUGGCUGUUUGCUUUAUAUUUGCGUUAAUUAGUUAAUGACUCUGGAGAUUCGCACUUUUGCUCCGGGUUAAUAUUCUGGAGUUGUUGAACUUGAGUGGGUGAUGGUAUUCGAACAUGCUUUUCUGGAAAAUGCUUGGUUACAGUCAGAUCACAAAUCUGAUGGCUAAUUUUUUUGUUCA